AUAAAAUGCUUCAGUAGCUUGCAGACAUAUAGUUGUUGCCAUGUAGCUGUUAGUACAUGCCCUUUUCUCUGAAAUUAAAAAUAGGACAAAAAUAUCAAUAGGUCCUUAUUGGAAAAUGUACCAUCUUAGACAGCAAAGAAUUAAUUUGAACUCUUAAAUCUUUUUAACAACCAUGGCUUAGAAUAGAAAACUAAUCAUAUAAAACCUCACAGAUAAUGACUGAACAAGGAGAUUUAUUCUCAUUGGUCAUGGAAAAGUUGAAGAAUUAAGCAUUUGAGAGAGACAGAGUAAGGUAGAACGAAUGGUCGUUAGAGAUAUUUUUAACGUCAAAAUUAAGAUAUUUUUACUAAUAAUUUAAAACUGAUAAUUCUGAUAAAGAAUAAUAUACUUUUAGAAACUCAUAAUAAAAUUUAUUGGUAAUUCAUACCAAAACAAACCCUCAAAAAUAUCAGUAAACAAUUCAAAAGUUUUAACAAAAAUGUUUAUUUCUCUUUACAAAAAGAAAAUUGUAGAGACAUUUAUCUCUAAUUUUUUAUCUUUUGAAAAGAAAAAAAAAAAAAAAAAAGGCAGUGAUUGUUGAGCAUGAAAGUAGGUUAAAAAUCAUGAGGAUUUUACAGAUAGAAAGUUAGAAACUAUCGUUUUUCUUUUUUUCUUUUUUUAUUCACAAAAGGAUAUCAAAGGUUUGACUUGAAAAGAAAGGAGGUCAAGAGAGAAAUAUUGAUUGUCUUUGACACCACUCUAAAGUUGUUCUAACUUCUAACAAGUGGUCCUAUUUAAAAAUGAAAACAGUGAUAUACAAGUUCCUCUUCUACUUACUAUAUAUAAACAAUUAAGUUUCCAUUUUCUGUCACAUUAUCAAAUCAAACACCUUUUUUCUUUCUAUUUAUACUCACCCUUUAUACCUUAUUUGAUCAAGAUACUCUCAAGAACUACUACUACUUCAUCUUCAUCCAUAAUUUAAAUAUAUUCUCCAUAAUCAGAUAGCCCAAGACAGUAAAAAAUGGGUUGUCUUCUACUUUCUUCACCAACAUUCCUCAGACUCUUUCUCUUCUCUUUCAUAUCAAGUUUUCUCACUUCUCAGCCUGGUUUUGCUACCAUAACCAGGCACUACAGGUUUGAUAUUAAACUGCAAAAUGUGACCAGGCUUUGUCAUACAAAAAGCAUUGUGACAGUAAAUGGGCAGUUUCCCGGACCUCGCAUUAUAGCAAGAGAAGGCGAUCGUUUGCUUAUUAAAGUGGUUAACCAUGUACCAAAUAACAUCUCCAUCCAUUGGCAUGGAAUUAGACAGCUUCAAACAGGGUGGGCUGAUGGACCUGCAUAUGUGACCCAAUGCCCCAUACAAACUGGCCGAAGCUAUGUUUAUAAUUACACCAUUAUAGGCCAAAGAGGCACACUUUUCUGGCAUGCCCAUAUCUCAUGGCUAAGAUCAACACUUUAUGGUCCUAUUAUUAUUCUUCCCAAGCUUGGUGUUCCUUAUCCAUUUGCAAAACCAUACAAAGAAGUACCUAUAAUCUUUGGAGAGUGGUGGAAUGUAGAUCCUGAGGCAGUUAUUAGCCAGGCUUUGCAAACAGGUGGAGGCCCAAAUGUGUCUGAUGCCUAUACCAUCAAUGGACUCCCUGGGCCAUUGUAUAAUUGCUCUUCCAAAGAUACAUUCAAGCUGAAGGUGAAGCCAGGAAAAACCUACCUUCUUCGCCUAAUCAACGCGGCACUCAACGACGAGCUCUUCUUUAGCAUUGCAAAUCACACUCUCAAAGUGGUAGAAGCCGAUGCUAUUUAUGUAAAACCUUUUGACACUAAUACCCUUCUCAUAACUCCUGGACAAACAACAAAUGUUCUUCUCAAAACCAAACCCAGUUUCCCAAAUGCAACAUUCUUCAUGACUGCUAGACCUUAUGUGACGGGCCUUGGAACCUUUGACAAUUCCACCGUUGCCGCUAUCUUAGAAUAUGAAUUCCCUUCCAAAACCUCUCAUUCAACACUAACAACAAAGAAACUUCCACUCUUCAAACCAAUUUUGCCUGCUCUAAAUGACACUUCAUUUGCAACAAAUUUCGCAACCAAACUUCGUAGCCUAGCCAAUGCUCAAUUCCCCGCUAAUGUACCAAAAAAUGUUGAUAAGCGCUUUUUCUUCACAUUAGGCCUUGGAACAAAUCCAUGCACACAACAUAACCAAUCCUGCAAAGGGCCUAACGGAACAAUGUUUGCUGCUUCAAUAAAUAACAUUUCUUUUUCACUUCCAAACACUGCCUUACUCCAAAGCCAUUUCUUUGGACAAUCAUUUGGGGUUUAUUCUCCAAACUUUCCAAAUAGUCCUUUGUUUCCAUUUAACUAUACAGGAACACCACCUAACAAUACAAUGGUAAGCAAUGGAACAAAGCUUGUGGUUCUUCCAUUCAACACAAGCGUGGAGCUGGUCAUGCAGGAUACAAGCAUUCUUGGUGCUGAAAGCCACCCUCUUCAUUUGCAUGGAUUUAAUUUCUUCGUUGUUGGCCAAGGGUUUGGGAAUUUUGAUCCAAAUAAAGACCCUGCAAAGUUCAACCUGGUUGACCCUAUUGAAAGGAACACUGUAGGUGUUCCUUCUGGUGGGUGGGUUGCUAUUCGGUUCCUAGCAGACAACCCAGGUAUAUGGUUCAUGCAUUGCCACCUUGAGAUACAUACAAGCUGGGGCCUGAAGAUGGCGUGGUUGGUCUUGGAUGGAAACUUUCCCAAUCAAAAGUUGCUUCCUCCACCAGCAGAUCUUCCUAAAUGUUGAUGUUAAUACUUUUGAUAUUGCUUCGCUAAUAAUUUUGUGGGACACAAAUAAUUCUUUGGCGUUUUGAGCUUUGCUCUUCGAAAGUUUAGUUCGAACUUUUUAAAGAGAGAGCUAAUGUUAAGUUAUAUUCCAACAUAGAUAUUGUGGGGCGGGGCGGCAAUUAUAUGGUCAAAAAGUUUCUAUUUUCUUUUACUUUCGGGGUUGCAUAUGUGUAAUAUACACACCAGAGACAUGUGUGCAUAUGUAUAUUUACAUAUGUAUCAUGUGCCCUAAUUAUAUGUAAACACAAAUCUAAAAAAAAUUUCUGGUUGAUUCUAAUUUAAUACAUUU